AACAAUUGUUGUAACAUCGGGUUUAUUAGGACACUAUCAGACAACCGCAUCGAAAUGGAUAAAUUGUAUGAAGCCAUCAUCAGAAAGUACAAAUGCUGCAUAUGCGGCUAUCUCUUGUCCAAACCACCUAUUAUGACUUCAUUAUUGGAAAUAGAUGAAGCUCUCCAUAAAUGCGGCAGGUGUAAACUAACUAAUUUGGACGAACACCGCUGGAACCGAAACCAUCUUUUUGAGGAAGUGGCCCAGUUCUUAUAUUUUCCUUGUUCUUACACUACUUGCAAAAAGAAGAUACCAUGGGAUGAAGUAGAAGAACACGAAAAAAAUUGCCUCCACAAGACCAUAAAGUGUCCAUUGUCGAAAUAUUGCGAAUGUUUUGAGUUGAUUCCUGUGGAUCAGAUUGGAGAACAUUUCAAAGAUAAACAUGACGAGAAUAUUAUAACAGCUGAUAUGAUGGCGUAUGGUUGGGAAGCUUAUAGCAAAUGUAAUUAUAUAUUUUUAAUACAAAUAGAAAAUGAGCACUUUUUCGUCUACAUUCAACAAGGGACUAGGAUAGCUGUGCUGGCAACAAGAAGUACUAAAUACGUCAAAUUCAAUGUAAAGCUGAAAAUCAGUUCUAAGAAUAAUUUCACUGUCUCUUUCUAUGAUCUGCCAGUGGUUCUUUACGACCACGAUAUUAUGUGCACGGAUGUCCUUUUGAAUAAUAAUGAGAAAGGGGAAGCGAAUUUUAAUAAUUUCACGAACAAUCUUGCGAAUGAAUUAUUGGGUAACGCAGACAGCUUUUGUGGAAAGUUAAGGUAUUAUAUUAGACUUAUCCCUGACGAAAUUGUUACUGAGGAUGCAGACCAACUUACAGAAGAAGAAGAUGAAAGAGAAAAAAACAAAAUUUUGAAUUUCAGAGUUCAUUGUUCCGAUGAUGAUUCGACCUAUAACAAAUUGUAUGAAGUUAUCAAAAAGUACAAAUGCUGCGUAUGCGGCCUCCUCUUAUCUGUCCCACCUAUCAUGGUAUCCAAUCUGGGCAAGGAUAAUCAAGUAUAUAAAUGCGGUAGAUGCGAAGGCAUCAGUUUGGAGACAUACCGUUGGAUUCGGAAUGAUCUUUUUGAAAAAGUGGCUUGGUUUUUACAUUUUCCUUGUUCCUACUUUCCGUGCAUGGAGAGGAUACCGUGGGGUAGAGUACAAGAACAUGAAAUAAAUUGUCAGUUUAAAACAAUAAAGUGCCCCUUAUCCAAUGAAUGUAAAUCUUUCGAGGAGAUUCCAGUACAUCAGAUUGGAAAACACGUUACUAAUAUACAUAAUAGAACCAUUGAAACAAACGAUACGAUGGUAAAUGGUUUAGCGUUGAAUCCUCGAGAUGACUAUUUAUUUUUGUUACAAAUAAAACAUCAGUAUUUCUUUCUCUACAUUCUCAAAGGAAAUCGGAUAGCUCUGCUGGCUACCAGACUGGGAAAAUACACCAGAUUCAAUGUAAAAUUGAAACUCCAGCCAGAAGAUAACUUUGCGGUGUCUUUUAAUGAUCUGCCAGUGGUUCUUUAUGACGUCAAAUAUCACUGUACAUCAUGUAUUUAUGAUACAUGCAGCGAGACUCACUAUACUUACUUGAAGACCAGAAAGAGACAAACGGAUAUCCGUACCUUCACUAACGAUCUUAACAAUGAAGUUACCAGGAAUUUAUUUUGUAAUAAUGGAAUUUUGAGGUAUUAUAUCACACUUAUCGCUGAUGAUAAGAUAGAAGAACACGAAAAAGAAGAUGAGAAAAUUCCACCACAGAUCAACGUAGAAACUGUAAGAAGAGCUCUCAAUUGUCCAUACUGCAUGAAAUACAUGACACCUCCGAUUUUCACGUGUGCUACUGGUCAUACCAUCUGCAAUGAGUGUAGACCACGGCUGAAGGAGUGCCCUACGUGUAAGGCCUACUUCAGACAAUCAAGGAAUUACGCCUUAGAAGAUAUGUCUAACGAAUUGGAACUGCCUUGCCAAUUCAACAUGGACGGAUGCACAUUCGUGGGCAGUGUCUCUCAAAUGUAUAAUCAUGAACUGAAAUGCUCGUACAACGAUUUUCAAGAAAAAAUAUUUCAUUAAGUAAUAGAAUUUACUGUUCAUAAUAAUUUAAUUUUGCGUAUAAUGUUAGGCAGGCAGUUAUAACACGUAAACUUUGUUUAUACAAUAUUAGUGGAUAAAUAGAGAUAAUGUUUAUGA